CUGACCUGACCUGUACAUUCUUUGACCAGCUUCCUCCCUGGGCCCCAUGAAGUUUUUCUUAUUCUCCAACUGUUCCUCCUCUGCCUCAUUAUGACACUGCUCUGGCCAACCUUGGUUAUAGACGUGAUCAAGAUUCAGGCUUCCACUUUCCACUUCAAUAAUAGGAAGUAUAGCUUGUUGGGUGUUCAUUGUAGGCCAAACACCAAGCCAAGUAUGGUUUUAUGGUUUUGGGGAUUUAUGUAGCACAUAAUUUCACAUAUAGGAAAACUAAAGCUCAGGCCAAGUAACUUGUCCAUAUCACACAGUGAGUACUUGGCAGAGCUGGGGUCUAACCCAGGCCAACAUGAUUCUAAUAACUAUACUUUGCACUUUGGAGAUACCUGGCAGGCUCAUAAUUUGAACCAUGUUUUGAUUAUGAUAGUAGUUGUGGUAGUCAUGAUAAUAGUAGUAUUGGUGGUGAUGGUUGUGGGCUGGUGGUAGAGGUGAUGGAGGUGCUGAUUGCAGGGGUAAUGGAGGUGACAGUGGUGAUAGUGAUUGGAGGGGAGGUGGUAGAGGUGAUGGAGGUGCUGCUUGCAGGGGUAAUGGAGGUGACAGUGGUGAUAGUGAUUGGAGGGGAGGUGGUAGAGGUGAUGGAGGUGCUGCUUGCAGGGGUAAUGGAGGUGACAGUGGUGAUAGUGAUUGGAGGGGAGGUGGUAGAGGUGAUGGAGGUGCUGCUUGCAGGGGUAAUGGAGGUGACAGUGGUGAUAGUGAUUGGAGGGGAGGUGGUAGAGGUGAUGGAGGUGCUGCUUGCAGGGGUAAUGGAGGUGACAGUGGUGAUAGUGAUUGGAGGGGAGGUGGUAGAGGUGAUGGAGGUGCUGAUUGCAGGGGUAAUGGAGGUGACAGUGGUGAUAGUGAUUGGAGGGGAGGUGGUAGAGGUGAUGGAGGUGCUGAUUGCAGGGGUAAUGGAGGUGACAGUGGUGAUAGUGAUUGGAGGGGAGGUGGUAGAGGUGAUGGAGGUGCUGAUUGCAGGGGUAAUGGAGGUGACAGUGGUGAUAGUGAUUGGAGGGGAGGUGGUAGAGGUGAUGGUGGCAGCUGUAAUAGUGAUGGUGGAGGUGGCAAUUGUGAUGAUGGUGAUAUGGGUGGUGGCACUGGUGGUGGUGGCAGUAAUGGUAAUAAUGACAGUGGUAGCAACUAAUAGGUAUCAGGUACUUCCUACCCAUCAGGCACUAUUUUAAGAGUUUUGUAUGUGUUAACUCAUUUAUUCUUCAAUUUCAUUUUACAGAUGAGGAAACGUAGGCACAAAGAAUUUAGUCACCUGACCAAGUUCACACGUCUAGUAACAGUGGAGCUGGGAUCCAAGUCCAGGCAUUCUGGGCCUGUGGCUGAAUUUUUUUUUCAACUGCCCUCUCACCUGUCUUCCCUAGAAGUGGGCCCCAGUCCUGGACUCCACUGGACCCCCCUGUUUCUGUUAGUGCUUCUGUCAACUACCCCUGGACCUCAGAGUCAUCUUUGACCCACCUUCCCUCUGUGUUCACCUAGCUAAAGCCGAGUUGUGUCUUAUUUCCUUAAGCACAGGCCCCUGUCUCUUGCUUGUUGUCUACAUUUUCCUCCAAACUCCAUUCCUAACUUUCUGGCUCAGACCCACCAUUUGCCUUGUCCCUGGGCGAUCAGGUAACCUGCUGCCUGCUUUCCCUGUCCUUCGUCUCUCUCUCCACCUUAGUCCUCUCAGAGGCUCAUCCCAUUCCAAACUUGUCUGCAGGCCCUGUGCCAGCCCUUAGCAGGCAUAAUUCUUUUUCUUUUUUUUUUUUUUUUUUUGGUAUCGGUAAUUCCUCGAUUUUAUUUAUUUAUUUAUUUGUUUUGCAGUUUUUGGCCGGGGCCAGGUGUGAACCCACCACCUCCGCUAUAUGGAGCCAGCGCCCUACUCCUUGAGCCACAGGCGCUGCCCAAGCAGGCAUAAUUCUAUUGCACUCAGCCAUGAGGCAUAGAGACUGCAACAGUCCCCUCUUUACAGAUGAGGAAGUGAAAUGCACGAGGUUAUAACCUCUGCCCAAGGUUAUACAGCUGCCUUGAUGCAGAGAUUGAGACUGUAGCCAACUUAUAUUUGACUCACCCA